AUGUUUAAACCCUUUUCCACGCUGUUGGUGGUGGAAUUACCAGCAUUGAGUCUACCGCCGCUUUCCGAUAAGGCUGUUCUCCCGGCCUCAGUGCUCGAGCAAUUGCUCGAGGCGUCCUCCGAGUUGCCCACGCCGUUAAUUUUCCAGAUAAGUACCGCACUGGGCGAGACGACGUUUAUUGGGACCAGGGAGUUCACCGCUGCCGAAGGGGCAAUCCAUCUUCCCCGAAUCAUCCAGGAGAAGUUAGGCGCAGAGGCUGGCAGUGAGGUCACACUCACCUUGUCGAGUGAAAAAUCGGUUCCAAAGGGUACCAGAUUGGUUGUGAAGCCGCUAGAUGCCGAUUACCCGGUUUCCAACUGGAAAUACUUUUUAGAAUCGCGCUUGAACAAUGCAUACACAACGCUAACACAGGGCGAUGUGUUGGUGGUGGGCUCUGGUAAGCAAACGAGGUUGCUUGAAGGCCAAUUGGUGGAAGAAGAGUACCGUUUGUUGGUGGAUACAGUGGAACCAGCGCUAACAGUGUGCAUUGUCGACACGGAUGUCUCUCUUGAAAUUGUGCCGUUGAACGAUGACAAUGCACAGAAGAUGCUAGACAAGGGUCUGGAAGUUUCCGAAAUAGCGAUAAAGUUGGAUGAGGUGGUUCCUAUUACUGACUCAGUGAAGUAUCAGUUUGAUGUCAGCGAAUACGUGGCGUCCCGCCCACAGGAGAUACUCCAGAUAAGCAUUGCUUCUGAACUGAAAGAGGGACCGGGUUUGGUUGUUUCCGUGGAUGAAUUUGUCAGUCCAAAUACGUUUAUAUGGUCCAACAUGGAAACGAAGCAAAUACGUAUCCCGUUAGCGGAUUCCCUACUCAUGAACCACCGAUCUGUGUUUAUUACUCAAUAUUCACCAAGCCCAGAGAAAGCCCUCGCGACAUUCUCCGUCUCCAUCUUCCCAGACACAGACACGGGCUCCGAAGAGAUUCCAGCGGGCUGCCAGUGCAAUGAAAGCUUUACUGAGUACUUCUCUUUGGCCCGUCACAAAGCAGUGGAAUGCGCGGAAAAGCUUCACGAAUGCCAGUUCUGCCGCCUUCUCUUACCGCAAGGUUUGGCGACCCCCCAGGAUAAGCUCCAGGGCUUGACUCACCAUGAAAGUGACUGCGGGAACAAAACCACAGAUUGCUACAAGUGCCACCAGCCCAUAAAACAAAAGGACUUUGCCUCGCACUUGAAGAUCCACGACAUGAACCGCAUAGCGAAACCAAAACCAGUCAAGUGCCAUAACGUAAACUGCAUCCACACCAGAAGUGUCAACGAGUAUGCCCUCUGUGACAUUUGCUUUGGUCCGUCAUAUUCCUCUGUCUACGAUCCGGACUACACAAAACUCAAGUCGAGGUUUGAGAGACGUUACAUGAUUCAGGCGACAAGGGGUUGUGGGUCGUCGUGGUGCAAGAAUUUAGAAUGUGUCUCCUCUGGGUUAAAAUCUCGCGACCCUAUUUCCAAUGUCUUGGGGCACAUUCAGAACGAUUUGCUCACCCAGAUUCCCUUUAUCCCAGGAGGAGUUAGGUCCCAACAGGACGCAUGGUUUGCAUUUUGUGUGGAUGAGACAGCCACGAGGAAGAAGUUUAUGGUAGAUUUGAUCCUGGAGGAGCAUCAAUACGAGACAGAAUGGAUCUGUGAGGCGGUGAAGCACCGUGGGAUCGGCAGCGGUGGGGCAGAGGAUGUGGCCAGCAUCAAGGGCUGGCUCAGUGAGAAUGCCAUCAAGAUUGAGGAGCAGAAAAGUGGAUGA